AUGCCCCGUAUCAUACUGAGUUGGGUUGCUUUACUUUGGAUUAUUCUCUCUGUUAUUUCAACUGUGAUUAUUCUCACCGGAUUAUUCACUUCCUCGUGGUUGAGACGAAUUGAAACGGAUGAAUCGCGUCGAUUCACCGAGUGUCCAAUCAGUUUCUAUCCCAGUUUGGUUUUCCCUAUCGACUCCGGCGCGAUACGAACUAUUCCUUCCCGAGGCGGUGUUUCAGAUUCCCCGUCUAUCGGGCCGUGGUUGCGUUGUCAAAUGUCUUGUGUAGCGUCACGAAAUGAGUGGUCUUUCACGUGGCGCACCCCCGGCGCCAACCAGAUCAUGCGAUGUCAGCUCGCACUGCACGGAUUCGGCGAGCGUCCGGCUCCGGCGAACGCAUUGGUUUGGACUGCGGCCAGUCUCUGUCUGGUCGGGAGUAUCCUGCUGGUGAUUGCCACUCUGAUGGUCUUGUCGUCCAUAUGUAAACGAAAUAUCUGUGAUAGAAGUGUACACAGUUGCACCGGAGCGAUUCAAGGUCUAUCUGGUGAGUUAGUGAGUGAAUGA